UCUUGAUUUGACCCGAAAACAAAAAUAUCCAUCUCACAAUAUCCACUUCCUUCUCAACCUCGCAAUUCAAUCUUCUCCAUCUUCCAUUGUUAGGGUUCGUCGAAGGGGGAUUAUAAUCGAAUCGAAUUGAAUUGAAUUGAAUUUGAUUCUUCAUAUUUAGAUCACUUUCAAUCAAUCAAGAUGUACGGAUUCGAAGCUAUGACCUUCAACAUUCAUGGUGGUUACCUCGAAGCGAUCGUCAGAGGCCACAGAUCUGGUUUGUUGACCGCUGCGGAUUACAACAAUCUUUGUCAGUGUGAAACCCUUGAUGACAUCAAGAUGCAUCUAUCUGCCACCGAAUACGGGCCUUAUCUUCAAAACGAGCCUUCACCGUUGCAUACAACUACAAUUGUAGAGAAAUGCACCCUUAAGUUGGUUGAUGAGUAUAAGCACAUGCUAUGCCAAGCCACUGAGCCUAUGUCAACCUUCUUAGAGUAUAUAACAUACGGUCACAUGAUUGACAAUGUGGUCCUGAUUGUUACUGGAACCUUGCAUGAGAGAGAUGUUCAGGAACUGCUAGAGAAAUGCCACCCUUUGGGAAUGUUUGAUAGUAUUGCUACCCUGGCAGUUGCUCAGAAUAUGCGUGAGCUUUAUAGACUGGUGCUCGUGGACACACCACUUGCUCCUUACUUCUCCGAGUGCAUCACGUCAGAGGAUUUGGAUGAUAUGAACAUUGAGAUUAUGAGAAAUACUCUUUACAAGGCAUAUCUUGAGGAUUUCUACCGGUUUUGCCAGAAAUUAGGCGGUGCAACAGCUGAAAUCAUGUCUGAUCUUCUAGCAUUUGAGGCCGACAGGAGAGCUGUUAAUAUCACUAUAAACAGCAUUGGAACGGAGCUUACUCGAGAUGAUCGUAGGAAGUUGUAUUCUAGUUUUGGUUUACUUUACCCCUAUGGCCACGAGGAACUUGCUGUUUGUGAGGACAUAGAUCAGGUGCGUGGUGUGAUGGAGAAAUACCCUCCUUACCAGCCAAUAUUCUCCAAAUUAUCCUAUGGAGAGAGCCAGAUGCUCGAUAAGGCAUUCUAUGAAGAGGAGGUGAAGCGACUCUGCUUAUCUUUCGAGCAGCAGUUUCACUACGGCGUGUUCUUCGCAUACAUGCGACUCCGAGAGCAGGAGAUCAGAAACUUGAUGUGGAUAUCGGAAUGCGUUGCUCAGAACCAGAAAUCCCGGGUUCAUGACAGCGUCGUUUUCAUAUUUUAAUUUGGCAACAUUUUAUGUAUUAUAUAAUAUUCGAUCAUUUCAUUUCAUUCCUUUCCUCCAGAAUGCUGCAAACUGGUUCGCAAAAUAAGUGUUGAUUUUUGUUGGUCAAAAAAGUUGUGUGUAGUUAUAAACUGCUGCUUCUCUCAAGGUGAGCUUUCAAUUUGUUAAGAGGAUAAUGUUAUAAGCCAUUUGUAUGAUUUCUUUCUCUCAAAUAAUGGUCAGAGUGUUGUAUA